UGGUCUCCUCUCCUGCCGUAAAGCGUGUGUUGACGAAGAUGGCAGACACCAGCGGUCUCCUCUCGGUCCGGAAGAUCGACUCUUUGAGCAAAUCUUCUGUCAGCAUGGAGACCAUCACCUCCCUGACGGAGCUGGAGGACCUGGAGCGGGUCUACCAGCAGCUGUGCACCGAGGAGAAAGCUGUUGAGGUGGAGCUGGACAAGCUGGUCGGUCAGCAGGGAACCAUCAACAGCAAGAUGCUGACGCUGCAGAGAAUGGGGCCGAACCUGCAGCUGAUCGAGGGCGAUGCCAGCCAGCUAUCGGGGAUGAUCACCUUCACCUGCAGCCUGGCCGAGAACGUCAGCCGCAAGGUCCGCCAGCUGGACCUGGCCAAGACGCGUCUCUAUAAGGUGAUCCAGCGCGCCGAUGACAUCCUGGACCUGAAGUUCUGCAUGGACGGUGUUCAGACCUCACUGCACAACGAGGACUACGAGCAGGCGGCCGCACACAUCCACCGCUACCUGUCCCUGGACCAAUCGGUGAUCGAGCUCAGCCGCCAGGGGGAGGAGGGCAGCUCGGUGGACGCCAGCCUGGUGCUGCUGCAGGAGGCGGAGCAGAAGCUGAAGGUGAUCGUGGCCGAGCGUCUGGACGCGGCCGUAGCGGCCGUGGACCUUGUGCAGGUGGAGCGCUUCUUCAAGAUCUUCCCCCUGCUGGGCCUCCAUCAGCAGGGCCUGGCCCGCUUCGGCCAGUACCUCUGCAGCCAGCUGGCCUCCAAAGCAGAGGAGAACCUGCUGCUGGCGACGGGGGCAGACGUCCAUGAGAAGAGGGCCCCGUUGGUCUUUGCUGACACUCUGACUCUGCUGCUAGAAGGCAUCGCCCGUGUGGUGGAGACCCACCAGCCCAUCGUGGAGACGUACUACGGGCCGGGCCACCUCUACACGCUCAUCAUCCACCUGCAGCAGGAGUGCGACCGGCAGGCCCAGAAGAUCGUCGACAAGUUCAUCCAGCAGAGGGACUACCACAACAAGUUCCAGGUCGUCCAGAACAGCAUGAUGAAGAGUCCGCUGCCGACGGAGAGGAUCGAGCCCAGGGAGCUGGACCCGGUGCUGAUGGAGGUGACCCUGAUGAACGCCCGCUCGGAGCUCUACCUGCGCUUCCUGCGGCGCCGUCUGAUGGCGGACCUGGAGGUCGGCGACGCCCAGAGCACCACACAGGAGCACCAGCAGAACGUGGAGAAGCUGCUAAAGCACUGCCUGCUGAGCACCACCAUGCAGGAGCUGAUUGGCUACUACAUCCCCAUGGAGGAGUACUACAUGAGGGAGUCGGUGAACAAGGCCGUUGCCAUGGACUCGUACGAGAAGGGCCAGCUGACGUCCAGCAUGGCGGACGACUGCUUCUACAUCGUGAAGAAGUGCAUCAGCCGCGCGCUGUCCAGCUCCAACAUCGACUGCCUGUGCGCCAUGAUCAACCACUCCACCUCGGCGCUGGAGUCCGACUUCAGGGAGGUGCUGUAUAAUAAGCUGAGGCAGGGCUACCCCGCCACCACGCUGCAGGACUUCCAGCGAGGCGUGAGCAGCGCUGUGAGCCUGAUGCAGAGCAGCCUGCAGCAGGGCAAGUUCAACGCGCUCGGCAUCGAGAGCACCGAGAACGCCAAGGCGGCCUUCCUGGUGACUCUGAACAACUCGGAGGUUUGCAGCGAGAACAUCACCACGCUGAAGAGGAACCUGGAGAACGACUGCUCCAAGUUGUUCAUGCAAGGACCCGCCUCGGGCGACCACGCCAAGAUUGACAGCUGCCUGUCGGAUCUUGUCAACACAUCCAGCAAGUUCAAGGACCUCCUGCAGGAGGGCCUCACAGAGCUGAACAGCACGGCCAUAAAGCCCCAAGUGAAGCCCUGGAUCAACGCUUUCCUCUCCAUCUCUCAUAACAUCGAGGAGGAGGAGUUCAAUGAGUACGAGGCCAACGACCCGUGGGUCCAGCAGCUCAUCGUGAGUCUGGAGCAGGUGAUGGCGGAGUUCAAGACCGGCCUCACCCCGGCCUCCUAUGACACCCUCACCAGCCUCAUGACCAGCCUGGUCGCCAUGGAGAUGGAGAAGACGGUCCUGAAGUGCACCUUCAGCCGGCUCGGGGGGCUGCAGUUUGACAAGGAGCUGCGCUCGCUGGUGGCGUACCUGACCACCGUCACCACCUGGACCAUCCGCGACAAGUUCGCCCGCCUCACACAGAUGGCCACCGUCCUCAACCUGGAGAGGGUCACGGAGAUCCUGGACUACUGGGGGCCCAACUCGGGGCCCCUGACCUGGCGCCUGACCCCCGCCGAGGUGCGGCAGGUCCUUGCACUCCGCAUCGACUUCCGCAGCGAAGACAUAAAGCGGCUCCGCCUGUAGGGGGGGGGAUGGGGGGGACCUGUGUCUGAGACCAAGACCAGGAUGCGGUCUGGGACCGGGACCAAGACCGGUCUGGAACCCGGACGAGGCCCGAGACCAAGUCCUGGUCUGGGACCAGGACGCAGCCCGAGACAAGGACCGGGACGCAGUCUGGGACCGGGACCAGGAUUCGGUCUGGAACCAGGACGCAGCCCGAGACAAGGACCGGGACGCGGUCUGGAACCGGGACCAGGAUCAUGGAUCGGGUCGCCGUCCAUCGUGCGGCAGCGGGCUGCUGAGGCUCUGCUGGGACUGAACUCGUAGAUCCAUUCUUUACUUGUGUCCUUCCAGACCAGUUCUUGUGUACAUGUUAUCAGGGUGGGGGGUGGGACUGUGAUUAGUCUUGAGGAAGGAGAAUAUUUUCCCUGGCGUUAAACACCUCAGCCUUCCUGUGAGCACCGCUGAGUCGGAGUGGGUCUGGGCUCCGGCCCGGGGGGCAUCGGAGCGUUUCAGGGGAAUAUGAAAUGUAAAAGAAUCUGGCAAAUGUUUAAUUUCAUGAUAACGUCGAUCUGGGAGUUGAGUUUUUUUAUAUCUGUAAGUAAGACUGCGCUAGAUGUGUCAGGCAGCGCGUAAUGAACACACUCCAUUAGAGGACAGAAGCGGGUCAGACGACUGAUCCAACGUUCAACACAUGAAUAGCUUCUUGUCUGCGCUGAUGGGACACUUUUAACCUAAUAAAUUGAGAGGCUGUACAAUGCUGUUGAUCUCUGCUGUGCUACAUUCUGCAAAGUGCUGUCCUAUCAGCGCGGAGGCCUCCACAAAGCCUUUGUAUUGCGGCCACAUCGGAGUCACUGAGUACAGCGCAUUAUGCACAAGGUAAUGAACCAUUAAAAGAGGGCCACUCUAAUAACGUCGCCUCAUCUCCACAGCUAACCUUAAUCUGUAGACGGGUCUGCUGAGGAGACAGAGUGAUAGUACACUGCUCUGUGUGUGUGUUUGUGUGUGGUGCACGUGGAUUAAAGACGCGGCAGACAUUGGGAAUAGUUAGG